UCUGCAGUCAGCUGCGAUGUGAGGCAUGCAUAUUCGGUCGAGCAGAGAAACGAGAGGAAUACGGCAAGGGAGAAAGAGGGAGUCAAAGGGAGAGAAUACGGUCAAACACACAAUAGCAUCAUGGCACCCAUAGGACUCAAGGCGGUGGUCGGUGAAAAGAUUAUGAAUGAUGUCAUCAAGAAGGUGAAGAAGAAGGGAGAAUGGAAGGCGCUGAUUGUGGACCAGCUGAGCAUGAGGAUGCUGUCCUCCUGCUGCAAGAUGACAGACAUCAUGUCAGAGGGCAUCACCAUUGUGGAGGAUAUAAACAAGCGGCGAGAGCCUCUUCCCACCCUGGAGGCCAUUUACCUGAUUACCCCCACUGACAAGUCUGUGCAGACCCUAAUUGGAGACUUCAAAGACCCCCAUUCAGCCAAAUACAAAGCAGCCCACGUCUUCUUCACUGACUCCUGCCCAGACCCACUUUUCAACGAGGUAGUGAAGAGCCGUGCCUCCAAAUCCAUCAAGACCCUGACGGAGAUCAACAUCGCCUUCCUGCCCUACGAAUCGCAGGUAUACUCUCUGGACAACCCGGAUGCCUUCCAAAGUUUCUACAGCCCCCAUAAGACCCAGCUGAAGAACCCAGUGAUGGAGAGGCUGGCAGACCAGCUUGCCACCCUGUGUGCCACCCUGAAGGAGUACCCUGCUGUCAGAUACCGAGGGGAGUACAAAGACAAUGCCACCCUGGCCCAGCUGUUGCAGGACAAACUGGACGCCUACAAGGCAGAUGACCCCACCAUGGGGGAGGGUCCCGAUAAGGCUCGUUCUCAGCUGAUCAUCCUGGACAGGGCUUUUGACCCCGUCUCCCCCGUACUGCAUGAGCUCACCUUCCAGGCCAUGGGCUACGACCUGCUGCCCAUUGAAAACGACGUCUACAGAUAUGAUUCCCCUGGGAUGGGAGACACUUCUCAGAAGGAGGUCCUGCUGCACGAGGACGAUGACCUGUGGGUGGGGCUCAGACACAAACAUAUCGCUGAGGUGUCCACGGAGGUGACACGCCAACUGAAGGACUUCUCUGCUAGCAAGAGGAUGAACACUGCUGGAGAGAAGACCACCAUGAGGGACCUCUCUCAGAUGCUGAAGAAGAUGCCCCAGUACCAGAAGGAGCUGAGCAAGUACUCCACUCACCUGCAGCUGGCUGAGGACUGCAUGAAGCACUACCAGGGCACAGUGGACAAGUUGUGUCGGGUGGAGCAGGACUUGGCCAUGGGUACAGACGCUGAAGGGGAGAAGAUCAAGGACCCCAUGAGGGCCAUCGUGCCCAUCCUGCUGGACGCCAACGUUACAACCCACGACAAGAUCCGCAUCAUCCUCCUCUACAUCUUCCUCAAGAAUGGCAUCACAGAGGAGAACCUGAACAAGCUCAUCCAGCAUGCCCAGAUCCCUCCCGAGGACAGUGAGAUCAUCACCAACAUGGCCCACCUGGGUGUGCCCAUCAUCACAGACUCCACCCUCCGCAGGGGGAAGAAGCUGGACAGGAAGGAACGUGUGAGUGAGCAGACCUAUCAGCUGUCACGCUGGACACCACUGGUCAAGGACAUCAUGGAGGAUGUGAUUGAAGAUAAGCUGGACACCAAGCACUACCCUUACAUAUCUACCCGCUCCUCUGCCUCCUUCAGCAGCACUGCAGUCAGUGCCCGUUAUGGCCAAUGGCACAAGAACAAGACCCCAGGCGAGUACCGCACCGGGCCGCGCGUCAUGGUCUUCAUCAUCGGAGGCGCGUCCUUCAGCGAGAUGCGCUCUGCCUACGAGGUCACGCAGGCCAACGGGAAGUGGGAGGCCAUCAUUGGUUCCACCCACACCAUCACCCCCAUCAAAUUCUUAACGGACCUGCAGCACCCUGACUUCCGAGAGUCCACUAGGGUGUCCUUUGAGGAGCCAGACGCAGGCUCAGACGAGUGAGACAGAAAGAGAGAGGGAGGGAGGGAGAGAGAAAUCACACUCUGACAAAGAUCAACCCACGUCUUCACCCCCACCGCCCUCCUGGAACAGCUCAAGACCAUGAACAAACCAGACGAGGAACCGGCAAGCUAAAAUCGCCCAGCCCCAUCCAUCUCCUUCCAGUCUUCUCACCUUAACCUCCCCCCCAGUCACCUUCCCCAGAUCCUACGUUCAUUCUGUAUGCAUCUUGCUCGAGGAAAAAAA